GGGAGACAGAGGUACUGGGGACUGAACUAAGGGCGGCAGAGCUGCAGGAGACUGAACUGGGGGCAGCUGAGCUGGUGACAGAACUAAUGGCUGAGCUGCGUGCAACUUAAGAAGAGUGAACUAGAGAUUGUAGUGGCGUUUGUGGUGAAAGUAGAGCUAGUAGUUGAGUAAAUGGCUGAACUGCACACUGGGGAGAAGGCUGAACUGCAGACUGCACUAAUGGCAGAGCUACGGGCUGAAUGACUGACUGCGUAGCAUCCUGAGCGGCCGAGUGUAGUGAUGGUUGUGGUGGGAGUGAAGCAGGUGGUUGAGUGGAUGACUGAGCUGCUAAGGGCAGCUGACGGAGCUUCUGGCUGGGGGAGAGCAGUCUCCGGAAAAACAGUCACAGCAGGCCAAGAGACGCGCUGGUGGUGCGGCCGCCACUUUCUCCUCGGAGGUGGCUCCAAUGGGCCGAGUAACUCCAUGUCCGGAGGGGCCGGGCCGCAAAUCCUCCACCGAGCCGGGCAGGCAAGCGGUAGCAGCUGGGGGGUGAAGGUGAAGCUCAUUGAGAAUAAAGUCCGGUAUGAGCGGGUGAAGUACACCCAACAGCCAGGGGAGACCGGAAAUGAGUCGCUAUAGCCGGCUCCCUACAGCACAACGAAACUCCUUCCUCGAAUGCUCCAACCAGAGGUUAACUAGCUUCUCCACAGAAUAAACAAUGUCUUCUAGGAGCUCCUCAGACGGAUCAGUGGCACUGGGUCCAUAGUGGCUGGUUCGUACUGUCAAGAUCUGCGAGGCAGAUCGUCAGGAGAUGAGAAGUGUGGACCCAAGUGCAAGCACUGACAACUGAGUAACUGAAUGAGUUUUAUUUUCAGGGAAAGGUGAAGCACAAACAAAAGUAGAGCAUCGCAGGGAACUAAGCUAAAGAAAGCCUAAACUGGGAGCAGCUACAAAACAAUAAUACAGAGGAAGAAAAGCCUGAGACUAGAAACCUGAAAACCUGGAACAUGGAGAAGUCCAACAGGGUCUACACAGGAGACAUACAGACCUGAAGAAGACUCUCGCAGUCCUGCUGGAUAACAUCAUGAUGAGGCUGGGCAAGCUAGAGUCCAAGGUGGAGAACAUCUACAAUGGCACAGGGCCCAACCUGAGCAAUGGCACCAGCACUAUUACACCCAGUGCUCCAAACUCAGAGAAAAUAAACGUGGCAGACCUCCUAAAUGGAGCCCAGGAGAAGUGCGAGCUGCCGCCUUUGGAUGGUUUCCCUCACUGCGAGGGCAAGCUCAAGUGGAUGAAGGAGAUGUGGCGCUCUGAUGCCUGCUACGCCAACUACGGCGUGGAUGGAUCCACCUGCUCCUUCUUCAUCUACCUCAGCGAGGUGGAGAACUGGUGUCCUCGUCUGCCCUGGCGAACCAAGACCCUGAAUGAAGAAAUGGACCAGAGAGGCCAGGCGGAGAUCCGGACCAGUUUCGAAGAGCUUUACCGGAUGAUGUCACAACGGGAGGAGUUCCGCUGGAUGAUGCUGAGGAUCAAACGCAUGGCCGAGCCGUGGGUCAGCGCCAUCCGCUCGCUGGCUGCAAAGCAGAACCUGGGCAAGCGGCGGAAGAAGAAGAUCCUGGUCCAUCUUGGUCUGCUGACCAAGGAGUCCGGCUUCAAGAUUGCAGAAAAUGCUUUCAGUGGGGGCCCACUGGGGGAGCUGGUCCAGUGGAGUGACCUCAUAACCACGUUGUACCUGCUGGGCCACAACAUUCGCAUCUCUGCUUCCCUCAAUGAGCUCAAAGAGAUCAUGCGAAAGGUUAUGGGAAACAAAUCCAGCUGCCCCACCCAGGGCGAUAAAGUGGUAGAGCUUAUAUACAUCGACAUCGUGGGUCUGACCCAGUUUAAGAAGACUCUGGGGCCUUCCUGGGUCCACUACCAGUGCAUGUUGCGGGUGCUGGAUUCAUUUGGGACUGAGCCAGAGUUCAACCAUGCUCACUAUGCCCAGUCCAAGGGCCACAAGACGCCCUGGGGGAAGUGGAACCUCAACCCACAGCAGUUCAACACCAUGUUUCCUCACACCCCAGACAACAGUUUCCUGGGCUUUGUUGUGGAGCAGCACCUCAACGCCAGUGACAUCAAGCACAUCGAUGACGUUAAGAGACAGAAUCAGUCACUAGUCUAUGGCAAGGUGGACAACUUCUGGAAGGACAAGAAGAAGUACCUGGACAUCAUUCACAGCUACAUGGAGGUUCACGGCACAGUACACGGCACCAGCACCGUGCACCUCCCGAGCUACGUUAAGAACCACGGCAUCCUCAGCGGCCGAGACCUUCAGUUCCUCCUGAGAGAAACGAAGCUGUUUGUGGGUCUGUCCUUCCCCUACGAGGGUCCCGCCCCCCUGGAGGCCAUUGCCAACGGCUGCGCCUUCCUCAACCCCAAGUUCAACCCUCCGAAGAGCAGCAAGAACACAGACUUCUUCAAGGGCAAACCCACCCUGAGAGAGCUGACCUCUCAGCACCCAUACGCCGAGGUGUACAUCGGUCGGCCCCACGUCUGGACGGUGGAUAUCGAGAACUCUGCCGAAGUAGAGAGGGCCAUCCGCUCCAUCCUCAGCCAGAAGAUUGAGCCCUACCUGCCCUAUGAGUUCACCUGUGAGGGGAUGCUGCAGAGAGUGAACGCCUUCAUCGAGAACCAGGACUUCUGUCACGGUCAGGUCAUGUGGCCUCCCCUCAGCGCCCUGCAAGUGAAGCUUGCAGAGCCCGGGCACUCCUGCAAGCAGGUCUGUCAGGAGGAGCAGCUCAUCUGUGAGCCCUCCUUCUUCCAGCACCUUAACAAGGAUAAAGACCUGACCAGGUUUGGCAUGGACUGUCAAACGGUGGAAUCGAGCGCAGACACCGUCGUGCCAGCAUACAGUGAGACUCGCCAUCACUGCAUCUUCCAGUCGGACCUGCUGCUGUUCAGCUGCGCCGGCGCCCACUCGACACUGCAGCGCAUCUGCCCCUGCCGUGACUACAUGAAGGGCCAGGUGGCGCUGUGCAAAGACUGCCUAUAGCAGCAGCACCCAAGCUGACAGAGGGUCAGGAAUCAGAUGGGAUUGCGGUGAUCGGGGAGGGGGCGGUGGUGGGUGGAUGUACAGCAGCUUGAAGGAGUGUGGUUGAGGGAGACGCACAUUCCCGAGCAGUCAUGCAGCUAUCAAACACACACACCAGACUCCUUUGUGACGACAGCAGAACAAAAAGAACAAUCACAGGACUGAGCUCGCUCUUCAUAUUUAUUGUUUUCCUCUGGUAGCUGGAGGAGGAGCACUCCUGCAGCUGACCGGAGCAUCUGCCAACUCUCACCUUCAUCAGCGGGUGGCGCUAUGAGGCCUGGAAGUGGCGUGGAUUUACUUGAAUCAACAAAGGGAGUCGUACGAAGUCGCAGCAGAUGAGGUGGACUGCACAUAUCAGUGACCCCCCCCCCACCCUCCGCUCCACCCCUCCGUCCAUCUCACCCCUGCUCUAAUCUGAAACUGUUAAUUUUAGGUAGGUUUGCACUGGACCGGCGCGGCUGAAGGCCCACAUCCCCCAGCAUACACACACACACACACACACACACACACACACACACACACACACACACAUAGAAACACACACAAACACAGUGGGCUGUAAUCAGAUUUACACUGUAACCAACUCAUUCGUCUCUUCUGGACAAAAAAGACUAGAUCGGACAAGUAAAAGUAGAAAUCUAGAUUUUUAUCCUGGCAGUUUCGAUCGUUUCCUGAAGCAUCCUCACCAGACUCAGUGAUCUUCAUCCCCACCCCACCCCCACCCUUGAAAGAGAGGAAAUUCAAGACUGUCGUGUUCAGUUUUCAUACAUUUAAGUUGCACACUUGUUUUAAAACUGACAAAAAGUUGUAAGGAUGAGGGACUGUCUGUCUCUGUGAGUGUGUGUGUUUCUGCAAAAGGCCAGUAGAGAAUUGUAAUUUUUUUUUUUUUUUGUCUGCCUGUUUUAAACACACCAUCCGGCACUAGGCACGCACCAAAAUGACAUUGCUCGUUCUCUGUGUCGUGACGUCAGGUCGUAGACGAUAGCCGUCAUCAGUAGCAGCGGUAACACCUUGCAGCAAAAGGCUGGGAAGCCUUACUGUCAACACGUAGUUCCGAAGACUCAGAGAGAAACACAAAAACCUUACUUACAGAGAUGUUCGUCCAUGUCUUUGCGUAGUAAACUGUUUUUAAAAAAGACUAAAAAAAAAAGACAAAACACAGAUUCACACUCGUCUCCCAUCUUCCACAUGACCGCUGUAAAUCCUUUGCAGCAUACUGUACGCAACACAGACAUGUCAACAAAGAGCUCCGCGGUGGGCGCUACACCUUGCAUCGCCUCCUUUUCUUUGGAUAAUCGUUAGGAUCUUAAUUUGCCUGUUUAUUUGCUAAAAAAAAAGAUAAAUAAGGAAAAAAAGAUAAGAUUUGUAUUUCUUGUGGUGAAUGGAAAAAAUGCACUAAGUUAAUCAGAGGUUUAACAUGAUAUUAGUAACACUGUAUAUUGUUCAUAUGAGUUUUAAAGUUUUUCUUUUGUAUUUAUUUUGUAUACAGAUCUUUAUCGCUGUGUUCGGCUGGAAAUCUUUUUCUUUUUUUAUUUAUAGGAUGGGUGUCUUUUCUGUUGUUUCCCUUUUUAUUGAGUUUUAUUUAUGGAGGGUAAUUUAAAUGUAAUUAAAAAAGCAUAUUUGUCUCUAGGUGUAUGAAUAAAGACAAGGAGACUUUG